GUAUAACAUAAAAUUAUAUAGUUAGGACACGGGUAAUAAAAAAGCUGAUGACAAAUUUUUGAUUUGAGAAAUUGUAUAUGGUGUUAUUAGGUAUGAAUUUAUGAUGCCGAAGAACCACAUUUGUAGGACGGACCUUGGGACUGGUGUUGUCGGUUGCGUCAUACCAGUCGGCUCGGUCAGCGUGGUGGAUAACACUAGCCGUUUCUUUUCGACGUUUGCCUACACGAGCAGUUGCUAGCUGCCUCGAGACUUGAGAGCGAGACGCCCGAUAGCAUGACGCGCAAAGCCCGCCGAUUAUACUCACACACUCAUUGAGUAAAUAGUCCACAGUGGAGGCGGCAUCGAGCACUCGUCGCAAGUUCGCUCCAAAAAAACAUUUUCAUAAAUAUUUAAAACACAUGCCGCGCUAAACACCAGUGUUUCAAUCAACAUGACUACUAAGGAAAUACGGAAUACGCAGCUCGGAUUGAAAUUCAAAGUGUUACAUGCAGUGAAAUUAGUUAUUGUUUCCAUUGGAAGAUUCUUUUUUAGUUUGUACUAUGGCACGGAAAGUGCUAAAAUACCAACAAUACCUGAUAAAGAUGGUAUUCUGAAGGAACCAGCCGUCGUGGUCGCAAAGAAAAUCCGACAAAAAGAGAUCACGAGCGUAGAGGUAAUAGAAGCUUGCAUCAGGCGGAUUAAAGAUGUCAACUCAGCAUUGAACUGCUUCGUGGAAGACAGGUUCGAGCUGGCCCUCAAGGAAGCCCGCGAGGCUGACGCCCUCGUCCGGAGCGGCACCCUCUCCGAACAGCAGUUGGAGAAACAAAAACCUUUCCUCGGCGUUCCCUUUACUACAAAAGACUGCAUAGCCGUAAAAGGGUUGCAUCAUACUUCGGGUGUGGUUUUGCGCAAAGAUGUCAUAGCUGAUAAAGACUCGGAGGCCGUGCGGCUGCUAAGAGAAAGUGGCGCCAUUAUCUUGGGUCUUACCAAUGUUCCUGAACUUUGUAUGUGGUGGGAGUCCCACAACCAUAUCUUUGGAAGAACCAAGAACCCAUACAACACGACUAGGAUAGUUGGCGGUUCGUCUGGUGGCGAAGGAUGUCUGCAAGCUGCGGCGGGCAGCAUUUUUGGAAUUGGUUCUGACAUUGGUGGUUCCAUUCGUAUGCCUGCAUUCUUUAAUGGAAUAUUUGGGCAUAAACCGUCACGACACACGGUUUCAAAUGAAGGACAGUACCCCGUUCCUGAAUCCGAGCUCACCGAUUCAUUUUUAGGUGUAGGACCUAUGACUCGGCAUGCAGUUGACCUAAAACCUCUUUUAAAAGUAAUGGCGGGGGACAAAAGCAGCAAAUUGAGACUGGAUGAACCGGUUGACGUGAAAAAAGUGAAAGUAUAUUACCAGCUGAGCAAUAAUGCACCAUUGGUAGACCCGGUGGACCCCGAAAUCACAAUGGCUAUGGAGAAAGUCAUCAAGUUUCUUAAGGAACAACACGAUUUAAAAGCUGAAGAAAAGAAUAUUGAACGUCUUCAAAAAUCAGUACCCCUAUGGUUUGCUACAAUGAAAACUGUAAAUAAAUUUGAAAGACUUAUAAUGAAAAGUGGAGGCGUUGGCGCGAUUCUGUUGGAAAUGUUUAAAAAUAUGAUUGGUUGUUCGGGUAACACUUUCAUAGGACUGUUCACUGCUUUGACAGACUAUGGUGGAGUGCCACAUGGCAGUGAAAAGUACAAACACUACUUGAGAGUGCGUGAAGAUUUGGAAGAGAAAUUUAAAAUUAUGCUGGGUGAAAAUGGAGUUUUCUUGUAUCCGACUCAUCCAACUCCUGCACCAUACCACAAUGAACCUCUGUUAAGAGCUUUUAAUUUUAGUUACACUUGCGUAAUCAAUUGCUUGGGAAUGCCUGCUACUGCUGUACCUCUAGGCCUCAACCGUGAAGGUUUGCCAAUUGGCAUCCAAGUGGUGGCUAACCAUAACAAUGACCGCCUGUGUCUUGCAGUAGCAGAAGAGUUGGGCAGAGCAUUUGGAGGCUGGGUUGAGCCACAAAAAUCUUAAGUUUAAGUUAAUUAUUAAAUUUUAUUAAAUAAAAUUUAUAUUUAAAAAUGUAAACAUCACUAAUAAUUCAUUUUGUAAUAAAAUAUAUGUUUUGA